CUCCUUUGGUGUUGUGGUGGGCUUGAUUCUAGCAAGGAGUAGGUUGCGUGAAGAAGGAGCAGCCGACUCGGGAAAUGGAAGAUCGACGUCCACCUGCAACCUCGCUUCGAAGCUCAGCACAGGACAAGGCCAGGCCAGGAUCCAUCCCCAUCCUCAUCCCCAGAUCGCAAGUCAUUUUGGAGGCAAAACAACAACCCCAACCCUCCGACUUUCUCUCUCCUACCCACAUAGCAGGAACAAGUUUUCCGAUUUUGCUUCAACCGCAUCUACACAUACACAAACCCACCCGCACUCGCUUCUCUUGCUACACUCCGUACGAUUACGGUUACGACUCCGACUCCCCAGCGCAUCCAAACUCGUGGACACAAAAAUACCCCGCCAACAGCCCGAAACCUCCAGCAUCUGCCUUCGCGAGGCACUGGCGGAUGGAUGUCGCCCCCCAGAUCACAGCCCGAAGCCACAACUCAUCCAGAUGAGCUCCAGAAAGAGCUGCGAUCAGAGGCCGAUGUGAAAGGAAAUGGCUUAUCUGCAGAGGCUCCCCUGUCAUUGACCGGUGGGGAUAACACAACUUACGAAAAUAAUGACACGCCAACCACAAAGCUACCAGAGGGAGUGUUGGAGAAGAACAGUGCGGAAGUAGUCUCGGACCUGAAGUCCAAUACUACAGAAACCUCAGAGGGCAAGUUGGAUGUGCAAAGGGAAAAUUCGGAAGGACCUGUUUCUACACCAGUAAGGGAAGAUUUUCCCGCUGCUGCACACGACCCCAUGGAGUGUUCAACCGCUACUCUUAAACCACCAAUAUCUUCAAAAGAACGGCCAGCUUCCGAAUCUUGGAGUCAUAGCCUUUCCCCGAAGCCCAAACUGUAUCUCGAUCCUACACCUAAAACCCCAGCGCCCUCUCAGCCACCCUCAAGGUCAACUUCCAGUGGUGCAUCAAUACCUCAGUAUUCCCAAAAUCUUGAUGCCCCGGAGAGAUCUCCUACCCGAUCAGAUGCAGGCUUUGACGAGAAAAUAACAGUCAGUGAGGAUGAGCGAGAUCCUUUGUCCAGGUCUGAAAUACAAACAAUAAUGGAGCAAUUUAGUGAGGAAGGUCAAGGGCCGGAUCAUGAAGAGGUCAUGUCUCCACGUUUAGAGGUAGCUGGGCCAUUGCUUGGGAGUCCAAUACAACACCCGCCUAGGAAAUCAAGCCUUGAACCGCUGGCCUCUAGCGCUGCCCAAAGUUUGAAGGACCUCAGAAUUUCAUCCCCAGCUCGCUCCACGGAUCCAUCAUGGGACCCAACAGAUAUUGGUCCUGAAGUACCACCAAAACCAGGAUCUAUUCGCAGUUUAGGAAAGCAGAGAAGCGGUGAUGAUCGACAUCAAAACAAUGAAACUCCCAUUUCUCCGCCUAUACAUCGACCCCCUCCCCCAGAGCCUGAGCCGGAUCUUCCCUUUGACUUUCACCGUUUCCUAGAACAGUUGAGGCAUAGAACUGCUGAUCCAGUAGCUAAGUUCCUCCGAUCUUUCCUACAAGAAUUUGGUAAAAAACAAUGGAUGGUUCAUGAACAAGUCAAAAUAAUAGGCGAUUUCCUUGCUUUCAUCACCAACAAGAUGGCUCAGUGUGAUGUAUGGCGUGAAGUUUCCGAUGCUGAGUUUGACAAUGCUCGAGAAGGCAUGGAGAAAUUGGUAAUGAACAGAUUAUACACCCAGACAUUUUCUCCUGCCAUUCCUCCACCCCAACCAAUUCCAGGCGGAAAGCCGAGGAGGAGAGGCGCGGAACGUCCAAUGGGGCCUGGGAGACGUGGUCAACAUCAAGAAGAUGUUGAGCGGGAUGAUAUUCUUGCUCAAAAGGUAUCCAUUUAUGGGUGGAUAAAGGAGGAGCAUUUAGACAUACAACCUGUUGGGGAUAGCGGCAAGCGAUUUUUGAUUCUUGCCCAGCAAGGUUAGGGAAUUUCCUACCUAAUGCUUGACAUCGCUAAUUCUGUGCAGAGCUCUUGAAAAUCAAGACCUAUAGAGCACCCAGGGAUAAAAUAAUUUGCGUCCUCAAUUGCUGCAAAGUCAUCUUCGGUAAGAUCGGAAUCCUAGGACGUUUUGUAAGAAGGGAAAGCUAACGUACAAGGCCUUCUGAAACAUGCAAAAUCCGAUUCGUCGGCAGAUUCUUUCAUGCCGUUACUCAUUUAUGUGGUUUUACAAGCAAACCCAGAUCAUCUUGUAUCAAAUGUCCAGUACAUUCUAAGGUUUAGGAAUCAAGAAAAGCUGGGUGGGGAAGCAGGAUAUUAUUUAUCCUCUUUGGUGAGUCACAUUUUGAGUCAACUUAAGAGAUUGGCUAAUUUUUUUUAGAUGGGAGCUGUCCAAUUCAUUGAGAAUCUGGAUCGAACAACAUUAACAAUCUCUGAUGAGGACUUUGAAAAGAAUGUUGAAGCAGCUGUUUUUGCGAUUGCCGAAAAACAUCAAGCUGCUGAAGUCCCUGAAGUCCCUGAAGUCCCUGAACCUCCGCCACGGACGCAGGUGCCCGAAAAAUCCGCCCUUAGCCGACCAGAAGUUACACCACGCCAUUCGAUGGAAGGAGAGUCAUCCGCACCCCGAAGAUCAACAUCUUCAAAUGAAUACAGUGGAGACGACGAGAAAGCUGCAAUGACCGGGUUAUUAAGGACCAUACAACGACCUUUGACAUCCAUUGGGCGGAUCUUCUCUGAAGAAGUUGGCUCAUCUCAAAGUGGCCCAGCAGGAACUCCUCAGCCUGGGAGCACACUUCGUAUGAGUCCAGACCCAGGCCAAGUUCAAACUCAACGCCAGCCUCGUGAGAAAAGAGCGCAUGCUCGAAUGACAGCCGAAGAUGCCGCAGCGAGGCAAGCAAGCGCAGAGGCAGCCGAAGCCCACCGAAUUCAGCAAGCAGAGCAUAGCAACGUGGUAGAAACCCUAGCUGGAAUGUUUCCUGAUCUGGACAGGGAUAUCAUCAGUGAUGUAGUGACCCAGAAAGAGGGAAGGUGAGAAUUGAUCAUGUCGAAUUUGUUAUGAUUGUCAGACUGACAUGUUCUAGGGUUGGGCUCGCGGUUGAUGCAUGUUUGGCGCUUAGUUCGUAGACUUUAUUCUGUUGGGAGCGAGGUGGUGUGGUGAUAUAUGAUAAAGAUCAUUGGACGGCUAUGGCUUCAGGUUUAGCAUGGUGAAAUUGAGCGUUAUUGCAUUGGGCGUUUUGAUAUCCCUCGUCUUCAAGGCUCAUAACCUCCUACUCUAGAAUGUUCUGAGGAACGGAAUUCUUUUGGUGGGCGUGAUGAGAUAAUAAUUAUAAUUAUGAUGUACACCCAGUUUUGUCUUUGAAGUGAGCCUCGAUUUCACUGUUA